AUGCAUGAAAGGAUAAUGCAAGAGAAUCAUUGCGAUGACUUCAUGCAAAGGAAGUUGAAGAAACGACGACGACAACAUCAAGUUAGUCAAGGGUGCGAUAUAGAAAUGAAUAUUUUCAAUCCUGUAAUUACUGACGAAAUGCUUCCAUCAUUAAUGAUGCUUCAACACAUUUCAAACUUUUAUUGCACGCUUCCGCUCUUAGCACUAGAAAUGUCUGUUAUUGCUACUGCUGGUAUCAUGCAUCAUUUCAUCUCCCUUUCAUCGGCACUUUGGGUUCAAUAUCAUCACACACGGCUUUAA